AACCAAUUCUAUGUUGAGAUAUUGCGCAGUCUUAUAUGUCCAACACGCCAUAUUGGAUGUGAAGUUACUUUGAGUAAACGUUAAUAUACUUUGUAAUUUGAAACAUAUUGGUUUAAUUAAAUAAUAUAAAGUAAGUUUAAUAUUCCAUAUCAAUAAUGGGUAAGAAGAAAGGGAAAAAGAUUUUAAAACAAGAUCCAGAUAUUGUUGGAUUAUCUAAUACUUCACGACAGGAACAAGAACCAAAAUCCUUACCGAAGCAACGAGCUUCAUCACAAGGUCCAUUGAGGUCACAAGCCUCAUCAACAUCACAUGCUCCAUCGACUUCACAUGCCCCAUCGACUUCACAUGCCCCAUCGACUUCACAUGCCCCAUCGACGUCAUAUGCCCCAUCGACAUCACAAGCCCCAGUGACAUCACAAGCCCCAGUGACAAUACCAACAUCAACGUUACAAGGCGCAUGGUUGAUGCGAGCAUCAAAAUUACAAGCUUCAUCGACGUUAGAAGCCACACCAAAGCCGCAACCAUCAUCGAUGCCACAACCUUUAUCGAUGCCACAACCUUCAUCGAUGCCACAACCUUCAUCGAUGCCCCAAGCCUCAUCUAAGCCACAUGAGGAAUUGCCUAUUCAAUGGGGUCAAGGUCGAGGUCGAGGUCGAGGUAGAGGUCGAGGUCGAGAUCGAGGUCAAAGUCAAAGUCAAAGUCAGGAUCGAGGGUUUAAUCAAAAUCAAGGUGAAGUUAAAAAAGUAGCAUGGGGUAGAAAUAUACAGCAACAACAGCAGCAACAACAACAACAACAACAACAACAACUUCCAAUGGCUAGAGACCCAGAGGUGGAUUCGCCUUCAUCAUCAAGAGAUUAUAAGUCAUUUUCAUCAAUAAAAAAACCACUACAAUCAUUAUCAUCACCAUCAACACUGUCAUCACCGUCAUCAUCAUCAUUACCUUCAUUGACACCACCAUCAAUAUCAUCAACACCAAUGAAAGAACCAUUGAAACUACCAUCAACACCAAUGAAAGAACCAUUGAAACUACCAUCAACACCAAUGAAAGAACCAUUGAAACUACCAUCAACAUCAUCAACACUAAUGAAAGAACCAUUGAAAUCACCGUCACCAAUGUCACACUCUCAAUUGCAAGAAAAAUCAGCACAGUCUGUAACUGGUAAACUAGCUUAUAAUUUACCUAAAAGAAAGCAGGAAAUAUGUGGAACUCUUGGCAGAUCUAUAAUGGUUGAAGUCAAUGUGAUGUCAUUCGAGUUCCGGAAAUUUGAAACAAAUAUUACUCAAUACGAUGUAAAUAUUAACCCUGACAAGCCCAAAUCUUUCAUGAGACGUGUUUUCGAACAAUUCAGACAAACACAUUUCCCGUUUCGAUAUCCUGCAUUUGAUGGGAAUAAGAUUGCUUAUAGUGCACAUGAUUUGCCUUUUGGAGAACAAAUAAACGGAACUGUUGAAAUUGAAGAUAAUGGCAGGAAUAGAGCAUUUACAAUUGAAAUAUCAAAGACUGCAAAUCUAGAUCUUUCAUUCUUAAAAAGAGUUAGACCUGGUUUUGGUGAUUCAUUGAACGUUCAAGCCGGAAUACAAGCGCUUGAUGUCAUCUUACGCCAUGGACCUUUGACAUAUAACUUUCCAGUUGGAAGAUCAAUAUUUUGGAAACCAAGGGCCAGAACAGAUUAUUUGACGGAAGGCAUGGAAUUAUGGACAGGUCAAUUUCAAUCUGCUAUUCUAGGAUGGAAACCUCUUUUGAAUGUAGAUGUUGCACAUAAGGGAUUCCCAAUUUCUCAAAACGUCAUUAAUGCGAUAAAGGAAUUUUGUCAAGUCAGAGGUGGAAAUAUUUCUUCAAUGGAUAUAAAACGCAACCAAAUCCAAAUAAAUAAAUUCUUAACUGGAUUAAAAGUUCAUUAUGAGAUACCAAAUGUGCCGACAUCUAAGAGAACACAUAUUUCACGUGGUUUAAUAAACGAAUCUCCGAGGACUUGUAAAUUUAAACGUUCUGAUGGAGUUGUUUGUACCGUCGAGAAUUAUUUCAAAUAUGAAAAGAGAUAUAUUGUACAAUAUCCUGAUUGGCCUUGCUUAUGGAUAGGUUCAACAGAUAAAAAGAUAUAUGUACCUCCAGAGCUCUGUGUUAUAUUGCCUGGACAAGUAAGCAGAAAAAAAUUAUCUGAUAGACAAACGGCCGAAAUGAUAAAAAAAGCGGCCAGUAAUACUGAAGUCCGCAAAAGAAAGAUAAUGGAUGGUUUUGAAGCUUUGGAAAUGAAUGAUCAUCCAACUCUAAGAAACGAGUUCAAGCUUUCAAUAAACCCACAAUUUGAAAAGGUACCAGCUAGAGUAUUACCUCCUCCUCAAUUGUUGUAUAAUAAAACUGUUACUACACAUGUGAGUAAGGGAAUUUGGAGGGCUACCAAAAUGUAUACAGCAAUACAAUUACACAGUGAUCAAUGGGCAGUUUUAAAUUUACAUGCAAGGUCUAUAAUAUACGCUGACAUUAAUAACUUUAUUCAAGAGUUGAUGACCAUUUCAAAAGCGCAUGGCUUGGACAUAAAGAAGACUAAUAAUAUUAAAGAUAUUCAUUAUGAUAAUGAACGGGACAUUAUAGAAUAUUUUCAAAAUUUAAGCGCAGCUGAUAUAAAACUUGUUAUAGUUAUUAUACCAGACUUUAAUGACGUAUAUUGUAAGGUGAAGCAAAUUACGGAAUUAAAAACAAAUGUACUCACACAAUGUCUUAAAUCUGGAACUGUUAAGUAUAAAUGUAAUAGCGCAACCAUAUCAAACAUCGUUUUGAAAAUUAAUUCUAAACUUAAUGGUACAAAUCAUAUUAUUGCGAGGCACCGCAGCCCUAAUGUUUUGGACGGUAAUACUAUUGUGAUUGGUGCCGAUGUAACACAUCCAUCUCCAGAUGCUAUAAACAUACCUUCUAUAGCCGCAGUUACAGCAAGUUGUGAUACAGAAGGUUUUAAAUAUUCAAUUGAAGUUCGCUUGCAACCACCAAGACAGGAAAUGAUUACUGAUCUUGCGGAUAUUCUCAAAAAAUUAUUAAAGAAUUUUUAUGAUACUACAAAACAGAAACCAUUAAAAAUUAUCGUUUAUCGCGAUGGUGUAAGUGAUGGACAGAUUGCUCAUGUGUUGGAAAUUGAAUUACCAGCUUUUCAAAAAGCAUUUAAAUUAGUCUUUCCCCAAGAAAAGUGUGGACCAAAAAUUACUUUUCUUGUGGUACAAAAAAGACAUCAUAUACGAUUUUUUCCUACGUCGCGAUCAGAAUCAGAUGAUAGAAAUGUUAACGUUAGGGCUGGUACAAUUGUGGACACACAUAUUACACAUCCCACUGAUAUUGAUUUUUAUCUCGUAUCUCAUGCAAGCAUUCAGGGGACUGCACGACCUACCAAAUAUAAGUGCGUAUACAAUGAAAUAGAUAUGACUGAGAAUCAAAUAGAAGAACUUACAUAUCAUUUAUGUCAUAUGUUUGCACGUUGUACAAGAGCGGUUAGUUAUCCGGCACCAACAUAUUAUGCCCAUUUAGCAGCAUUUCGCGCUAGGGCCCUUAUACAAAACGUUCACAUUCAAUUAGAGCAAUUGCCGCGCGAGCAAAGGAAAAUAGAAAUAUUAAUAAAAAGUAAAGCUCCGAUGUUUUUCGUUUAGUUUAUAUCAGUAUCUAAAGAGGGUAAGAGAGAAUUAUUUUGCUUAUUACUGCAAAUUCUAAUGGUGUGGGAAUUAUUAUUUCUCAAUAAUAUUAUAUCUUUUUUUAUAUUAUAUUAUAACUUUCAUUGAAAUAUAUAGUCGACUAUUUUACCAAAUAAGGAUAAAAUUUAAAGCAUAUAUAU